UAAUAAAAAAAAGUAGAGAAUUUUAACAAGAAGCAUCAUGACCGUUAAAAACCGAUAGGAACAAGAUCCGACGGCCCAGAUUCACCCAGACCUCGCAAUCACGCAAUUAAGCUCUCGCUUAAGAGUUAAGACAGCAUCAAGCAACGCAUCGUUGACGCGGCGACGACUCAGCUCUCAAAUUGGAGAAUUGACUUCACAUUCCCAACUAAAAUUUCUUAGAAAUUUAAUCUCAAAAUGGAGAGAAAUGGUGUUGAUGAGAUUACAAAUGGGGAUGCUGGUUAUGAUCUUAGUUCGGUUCUGAGCUCUCCCGACAGGGAUUACCUUGUCCGAAACAAUGGUGAUCAGGUCAAACUCGAUAGUUUGAAGGGGAAGAUUGUUGGACUGUAUUUCUCCGCGUCAUGGUGCGGUCCGUGCCAGCGUUUCACCCCGAACUUGGUGGAGGUCUACGACGAAAUCCAGAAACACAACAAAUUUGAGGUUGUGUUCGUCUCCGGUGAUGAAGAUGGCGAAUCAUUUGAUGCGUAUUUCUCCAAGAUGCCUUGGCUUGCAAUUCCCUUCUCUGACUCUGAGACUCGCGAGCGACUGGAUGCAUUGUUCGCUGUGAAUGGAAUACCCCACCUCGUGAUCCUGGGCGAGGACGGGAAGGUGCUCACGAACAAAGGAGUGGGAGUCAUCCAAGAAUACGAGGCGGAAGCGUACCCGUUUUCUCCCCAACAUAUUGGAAAACUCAAGGAACAAGAAGCAGCAGCGAAGGCGAACCAGUCGCUGAAAACCUUGCUCGUGUCCCAGUCGAGGGACUACGUGAUAUCAGCUGACGGGAAAAAGGUACCGGUCACUGAACUUGAAGGUAAGACUAUCGGCUUGUAUUUCCUUUUGGCGACGUACAAUGGCUGCAUUGCUUUUAAGCCGAAGCUCAUGGAAGUAUACAAGAGUUUGAGAGAAAAGGGGGAGAAUUUUGAGAUCGUGAUGAUACCUCUCGAUGAUGAUGAGCCGUCGUUUCAAGAAGAGUUUGCCUCCCUUCCGUGGCUUUCGUUGCCGGUCAAGGAUAAAUGCUGUUCCAAACUAGUCCGAUAUUUCGAGCUGAACAGCCUCCCUACCUUGGUUGCAAUUGGGCCAGACGGGAAGACACUUCACUCGAAUGUCGUUGAAGCCAUUGAGGAGCACGGCGUGAAGGCGUACCCUUUCACGCCCGAGAGAUUUGCCGAGCUUGAAGAGAUAGAGAAGGCGAGGCGCGAAGCACAAACGCUCGAAUCCAUUUUGGUGUCUGAGGAUUGCGAUUUCGUACUCGGGAAAGACGGUGUCAAGGUACCGGUGUCGGAUCUCGUCGGGAAAAACGUGCUGCUCUACUUCUCAGCCCACUGGUGUCCGCCGUGCCGUGCGUUCCUUCCGGCACUCACUAAAGCGUAUAACGAAAUCAAGGAGAAGGGCGGUGCCUUAGAAGUGAUAUUCAUCUCGAGCGACAGAGAUCAAGCCUCCUUCGACGAAUUCUUCUCGAAGAUGCCGUGGCUCGCUCUCCCGUUCGGCGACAAACGGAAGCAAUCCCUAAGUCGCUCGUUCAAGGUCCGAGGCAUCCCGAUGGUGGUCGCGAUCGGGCCGACCGGAAAAACCGUCACGACCGAUGCUCGGGAGCAGAUCAUGUGCCACGGCGCGGAAGCAUAUCCCUUCACGGCGGAACGGAUCAAGGAGAUCGAGGCCUCGUACGAGAAGAUGGCGGAAGGGUGGCCGGAGAAGGUCAAGCACGCGUCUCACGACCACGAGCUCGUCCUCACCAAGCGCCAGUUCUUCAACUGCGACGGUUGCAGCGAGGAGGGGCGCAUAUGGUCCUUCUAUUGCGACGAGUGCGACUUUGAUCUCCACCCGAAGUGCGCCUUGGUCGACGAGGGCAUGGGAGGCGGAGGCGAAGGAGGCGCGGCGGCGGAUGAAGAAAAGGCCACUUCUGAUGGGUGGAUCUGUGAUGGUGAGAAGUGUUAUAAAGAAUGAAAUUGGAGGGAAAAUGGGGUAAGUAUUGCUCUGCAUAAAUGCUAAAGUUUGCCUACAAUCUUGAAAUAAAAAUUGAAAAAAAAAGAGAGAAAAAAAAAAAAAAAUGGUUGAAGCCUUUCUUUAGUAUGUUGUGUGGAUUUUGGUUUGAGUAUUGUAUUAGGAAGCUAGAAUUUGUAUCCUUGAGCAGCUCAUAUGUUUGCAUGUGUCUACAAAUUUUAAAUGUAUGUGUGCUUGGAUUUUGUGUAUUAUCUUUGAUUUUGUGAUGGUGAACAUUUUGUUUUGAAUAAUUUUCCAAAUUUUGAAUGAUUGAGCACAAA